GAAUCAAUUCGCAACAGCCGUAGGUUUGACGUUACAAGCAAUGGCCAGACACAAUCAGGACGUUGUGAAGUCCGGUCAGAUCUAGUUAUUCCUUUGGUGUUCUUCGCAAUGCACACUGCAAAAAAUAAAGAUGAUCCAGUAAGUGUGUCCAACUGGGAGUUGUGGCAAGAUGUUUGGCACGAAGUGAGUCCUGGCACAGAGGCGGCCCUCACGGCGGCACCUGGGACCAGGUCAUGGCUCUGCAGUCCAGUGUCAUGGAAUCUCCUUCGUGGCAUGUCAAAGCUCAGGCAGCCAGGUCUAUUGAGGACACUGGCCAGCAAGCUUGGUGGCUCCUUAGAGGCAGACAGAAGGGAUGUGUUGGUAACACUGCUUGUGUCGGGACUGGCGGGACGCACGUGGGAUGGCAAGGAGCAGCUUCUGGCGGCUCUUGGCUCUCUCUGUAAAACAUUCCAAGAGUUUAAAAGGGUCACCAAGUGCUGAGACAAUAGUUGACGCCAUCUUGAGGGAAUGUGGCAAAGAGAAAGUCUCUGUACAAGAGCAGCGCUCUAGCAGCUCUAGGGGAGGUUCUAGAAGCUCUUGAAGUAGACAGGUUCCGGCAAGUGUACAACAUCGUUCAGGAGAUUCCUUACAAAGGAGGUUGACAAUGAAGAAGAUGAAAAACAAGAGGAGACCAGUAAACGGAGAGAAGAACUGUUGAAUCUGAGAGAGAUAGCCUUUUCCACUUUGGGGAAGGCCUGGCCUCGAAAUGAAGUGACACAAAGGUG